UUUAGCCUCGCAUGAAGCUCAUACUUGGUACUUUAGCUAAGGCAGCUUUACAUUUAUAAAAAAAUAAAUAAAACAAAAAAAAUAGGCCAAUAACAUCAUUCGGACGCCCGUUUCCUAUGCAUCAAUACAUUCUUCGAUGCUUAUAACCUUCCGUGUCUCUCUCUCCAGUAGUGGUGCCUAUGGCCAACUGAAUAUUCCGGUCGUUCUACUCUGCCAACCAUCAGCCGUCUCGGCUCGAUCAACUCACAAUGCUUUUCGCUGAGGCCGACGCGCCUCAUCUGAGGAAUUGGAUCAUCAAGCGCCUGGAAAACACAUCUGACGCCGAUGCUGAUGUCCUAGCUGAUUAUGUGAUUGCGCUCCUGCGACACGACGGCGACGCUGGUGCCAUACGGAACCUGUUUGAAGAAGAAAUCCCGGACUUUCUUAGAGAUGAUUCCGCUGCCUUCACCGACGACGUCUUCCAAGCUAUCAAGUACAAAUCAUACCUGCCAGGGGCGCCGCCUGCUCCUCCGAUCAUCCGCCAGGCCCCAGCUCCUAUCCCUCUGACACACCAAAUCCCUUCAGGUCCAGCAGCUUCACAACAAGGCGCGUAUCCACCAUUUGGCGUCCAGCACACACCCUACGCCGAGACACCGUCCGCUUUCUCCACGCAUAAUUUCCGAAAUGGCUCGAAAAAGCGCUCAUAUCGAGAUCUCGACGCGCCAGACUCGCAACCCAUGAACUGGGAUUACGGCGGUGGGACAGCCGAGCAUCAGCAACCCUAUAAGCAAGCACGGCGUGGCGGCGGGUUUGUACCUCGCGGCGGACGAUUCGACGAUCCGUAUGCUCAAGGCGGCCGCGGUGGUUAUGGUCACAAUGCUUUCAAUAGUCAGCCACCCCCAAACGGACCCGCGAUUGCUUAUCAAGGUGUUGGUUAUGGAAACCAUGGUCCCGGCUAUAACCCGCAGCAGCCCUUUGCGCCGCCCCAACCGGCCCUAGAUGCAAAUACCAUCCUCGAGAAUAUCAGAGUGCUGCAGGAAAUGGGAGCACAGAUGGGUCUUCAGAUGCUACAGACAGACCUACCGAAACCGAUCUACUCGGGUCAGGCUCUAUCGAUGCCCCAUUCGCACCAAAAACGACGGCCGUGCAGGGACUACGAGAAGAAGGGUUAUUGCUCCAGGGGCGACAGAUGUCAGUUUGAGCACGGCAACAGCGCUGCAUACGUUCCUGCUUUCCAACCGCCUUCCAAUGACGAGUAUGACCCGAACAACGCUACUUUAGGCAUGCCCGAGCAUUCUGCUCAAUCAGUCAAGCCGACAGACUUGAGUACUACGCAGAUGCCACCCUUCAAUCGUCGGGAGCCUAAGAAGCCCAAACGAAAAGGCGGCCGGUUACCUUUCUCGGCCGAAGGUCCUAACAGCGACAAGACAAACACCAAAAUUGUUGUGGAAAACAUCCCAGAGGAGAAUUUUACCGACGAGUCGAUCCGGGGCUUCUUUGCCGGGUUUGGUGCUAUCAAAGAGGUGGAGUUGCGUCCGAGUCCUGGCUCACAGAAACGCGUUGCCAUCGUUGAGUUUGAGGAUUGGGCAGCUGCAAACGCGGCUUGGAAAUCUCCGAAAGUUGUUUUUGACAAUCGAUUUGUCAAGGUUUAUUGGUUCAAAAUUGAAUCUCAACCUGAUCCAAAGCGUUCGAAUGGUGCAAGAAACGGCUCCGCGAGUGGCGAUGGUACUCCUGCAGGGCCAGAUUUCGAUAUGGAAGAAUUCAAGCACAAGCAAGAAGAGGCCCAGAAGACGCACCUCGAAAAGCAACAGAAGCGCGAAGAGCUAGCGCGUCAACAGCAGGAACUCGAGGACAAACGAAGAGAGCUAGUGGCACGUCAGCAGGAAGCAAAGCGAGAACUUCAAGCUAAGCUUGCUGCAAAUGGCAUUAAAGAGGAUUCUCUUUCGCCGGUCUUGACCAAGGCGACACCUGUUGGUGAACAACCGUCCCAAGCUGAGACACUACGGGCCAAACUAGCUGCACUCGAGGAGGAAGCGAAUUCGCUUGGGAUAGAUCCAGAUGCCGCUGAGGACACCUCUUACUGGGCUGCAAGAGGUCGUGGAAGAGGCAGGGGACCGUACCGUGGAAGAGGCGGGUUUCAACCACGAGUAGCUCGCGGUGGUUAUGGAUACCGCGGAAGGGGCGGAGGAGCCACUCAAGAUGUGCAUGCUGCAUAUGCUGCUUACUCUCUGGACAAUCGUCCAAAGGUUGUGGUCAUCUCGGGCGUGGACUUCACCGAUCCUGUGAAGGAUGAAGCGCUCAAGCAGUAUCUUUUUGGUAUUGGUGAAUUUACAGACGUUACUACUGAGCCCGCAGCCACGUAUGUCACAUUCAAAGAUCGCAAGACAGCUGAGCAAUUCACGUUUGGAGUAUCUGGGCAGAAAACCAUCCCAGGUGUGGAGGGCGAGGUGGAACUUUCAUGGGCGACCUCGGCACCAAAGACUGCUAGGGCAGAUAACGACUUUCCCACGGUUAGUGGUCCUGAGGAAGACCAGGCCGUCCAGACAGGCCAAGACGAGCAAGGGUACAAUCAACUUGGCCACAUGGGCAGGAGCAACCAAGAUGACAUGGAUUACGAAGGUGGCGACUGGGACAUCUCGUAGUUAGAAGAUGAGCCAUGUUAAAGCCUUCCGAAUAUUGGAUAGGCCUUCGCAAUGUUUGAGCUGGUUUAAGUCGCGCCACUGUACUUCAGACAUGUCUCCUGUCAGUUCGAUUGUUCUUCAGAACUUUCUUCACAGUGG